AUGCUGCGCAUCAAACAGCAGUGUAGUUCGCAUUCGUCCAUCGGCAGAGCAUCGUCUGCAAAGUGCCCCCAAAAAAUAUCAAAGAAGCAGCUGGUGCCCAACAAAAACGUUCGGUUAAUUUGCAUUCGAAGUGCAUCGAGCUCAUCCCCUGGAGAAGCAGCAGCAGCAGCAGCAGCAGCCAUGCGAGUGCAGCUUUUCGGUGUCAUCGCCGUGGCCCUGGUGGCCGUUUCGCUGGUCCGCGAUGUGGCAGCGGCCAAGCGAGAGGCGCCGCUGAGCAACGCCUAUCUGCCGCCCAGUUCGCCCCAGCGUCCCUCGUCCAAGUACGGCGCUCCACCGGUCAGCUCCUACCUGCCACCCGCCUCUGGUCCGGCGCCUUCGUUCAACUCCGGUCCGUCCAGCAGCUAUGCGGCUCCUUCGCUGAGCUCUUCUUCGGGAGGCCCGUAUGCAGCGCCCGCUCCCCGCCCCUCCAGCUCCUACGGACCGCCCGCCUCCCGUCCGUCGUCCAGCUACGGUCCUCCAGCCAGCCGUCCGAGCCAUUCGUACGGACCACCGCCGCAGGCCAAGAAGUCCCACCAUCGUCGCCCAGCCUCCAGCUAUGGAGCGCCCAGACCUGCUCCGCCCUCGCCGAGCUAUGGUGCCCCGCCCUCCUCUAGCUAUGGGCCGCCGAAGUCAUCACCGCCUUCCCAGAGUUACGGAGCUCCAGCGCCACCAUCCAACAAGUACGGACCACCCAAGUCGGCGCCUUCUUCGAGCUACGGAGCCCCGAGACCAGCACCACCCUCAUCCUCGUAUGGCGCUCCUGCCCCACCCUCAUCCUCUUAUGGCGCUCCUGCCCCACCAUCAUCGUCCUAUGGAGCUCCUGCCGCACCAUCUUCUUCAUAUGGAGCUCCUGCUCCACCAUCUUCUUCCUACGGAGCCCCAGCGCCACCCUCGAAAUCCUAUGGCGCCCCCGCGCCACCAUCAUCGUCCUAUGGAGCACCAGCUCCACCAUCUUCUUCCUAUGGAGCCCCAGCCCCACCCUCGAAGUCCUAUGGCGCCCCCGCGCCACCAUCAUCGUCCUAUGGAGCACCAGCUCCACCAUCUUCUUCCUAUGGAGCCCCAGCACCACCCUCGAAGUCCUAUGGCGCCCCCGCGCCACCAUCUUCAUCUUAUGGAGCACCCGCGGCCCCUUCAAAGUCCUAUGGAGCCCCCGCACCACCAUCUUCAUCUUAUGGAGCACCUGCUGCUGCGCCCUCCUCCUCCUACGGACCACCCAAGUCUGCACCGCCCGCACCACCCUCCUCCAGCUAUGGAGCUCCGGCGCAGGCACCCACCAACUCCUACCUGGCACCCGCCUCACGACCCUCGAAGCCAUCGCCCAACUACGGAGCGCCCAGUGUGAGCAGCUUUGUGCCCCUGGCCUCGGCCCCGUCGACCAACUACGGAGCACCAUCGAAGACCCAGAGCCUGGGCAGCAGUGGCUACACAUCCGGACCCUCUUCGUCCUACGAUGCACCCGUGGCCCCGCCAUCUUCAUCUUACGGAGCUCCCUCCUCCUCCUCCUUCCAGCCGAUUUCACCGCCCUCGUCCAGCUACGGAGCUCCCAGCAGCGGAUCGGGACCAAGCAGCGGAAGCUUCUCAUCGGCUCCUUCAUCGCUGUACAGUGCCCCAAGCAAGGGCUCCAGUGGCGGAUCAUUCCACUCGGCUCCAUCCAGCUCCUACUCGGCCCCAAGUCACAGCGCCAACAGCGGUGGAUCAUACCCCUCGGCUCCGUCAUCAUCCUACUCGGCUCCCAGUUCGAGCUCUAACAGUGGCGGUCCCUAUGCCUCUGCUCCGUCGUCCUCCUACUCGGCGCCCAGCUCAGGAUCCAACAGUGGUGGACCCUAUCCGGCUGCUCCUUCAGCCUCCUACUCCGCCCCCAGUGCCGCUGCAAACAGUGGAGGAUCCUAUCCUUCGACUCCUUCCUCAUCUUACUCAGCGCCCAGCUCCGAAUCCAACAGUGGUGGACCCUACCCUGCGGCUCCUUCGUCUUCGUACUCUGCACCAAGUUCUGGAGCCAACAGUGGUGGACCUUACCCUGCUGCUCCUUCAUCAUCUUACUCAGCACCCAGUUCCAGUUCCAACUCUGGUGGUCCCUAUCCUGCGGCUCCUUCAUCUUCGUACUCUGCACCCAGUUCCAGUUCGAACAGUGGAGGACCUUAUGCCUCGGCUCCCUCUUCCUCGUACUCGGCACCCAGCACAAACAGUGGAGGACCCUACCCAUCGGCUCCGUCGCCUUCUUACUCCGCUCCCAGCCAGAGUAGCAACAGUGGAGGACCCUACCCGGCAGCUCCGUCCAACUCUUACUCGGCACCUGCCGCUCCUCCAUCGUCAUCGUAUGGAGCUCCCGUCUCAGGACCUUCGCCCUCGUUCAGUGCCCCCUCCUCUUCCUACGGAGCUCCCUCAACCGGAUCUGGAUCUAGUUCUGGCUCAUUCUCGUCCAGCCAUCAUCAGUCAUCGUCGUCCUCCUUCAGCGCUUCCUCCUCGGGCAGCAGUGGUUACCCCUCGGCUCCGUCCAGCUCCUAUGGAGCUCCGUCGUCCGGAUCCGGUCUGAACUUGCCCAGCGGUCCCUCCUCCAGCUAUAGUGCCCCGCCAGCCGGCGGAUCCUUCAACUCUGGCCCCUAUCCCAGUGCCCCGGCACAGGAUUCCGGCUAUGAGUACAAUGCACCCAGCCAGGUGCCCGAGACCAUUCAGCAGGGAUACAGUGCUGAUGGUGGCUACACCUACCGCAAGAAGUGAGAUAUGAGCAGUCACUACUACUGCAUCGCGUAUACGCCACGUGCCUUCGAAUACUCAAUACCCACACACCCACAUCAUGUCAUCGCCGCCGCCAUUCACUCGCAAUUGUAAAUUAUUCCCCAAGUGACAACCAAUUCGCCCAUUCCUCUUUCUCUCCCAUGGAAAUCUAGCCGUAAUUCAUUGUACCAUUAGAUGUAAAACACGAAACGUUUGUUAAAUAAACAACUUGAUGAAGAUC